ACAGUUAAAUAUAACGGAUCCGAACUGGACCCCACAUUUGCGUCCCAUAAAAUUCAUUAACGCCUUGCAUCAUUAAAGUGCCUAAUUAAUUUAAUCAGGAAACUAAUUUAGUUCUACCUAGUGCGUUAUAGCAGUGUGCAUAAUGGCCGACUUCUUUCCCGUUGCCGAUGUAGAAAAACACGACAAAUUCUUAAAGGACGUAGUGGAACUCUUGUUCAAGAACAUCGUCUUCACAACACGGCAAGACAAAGUCGUGCACUGGCAGACUCCCGAACAGUUGGAAGAACAAUUCGAUUUCGGCCUCAACCAGAAUGGGGAAUCGCAGGAAAAACUAAUAAGUUUUUUGAGAGACACGAUUAAGUUCAGUGUUCGGAGCGGGCAUCCCUAUUUUCUAAAUCAGCUCUAUUCCGGAUUGGACCCCUACGGAUUGACAGGCCAGUGGCUGACUGACUCACUCAAUGCCUGUGUAUUCACCUACGACAUUGCUCCCGUUUUCACCCUUAUGGAGAAUCAUGUCAUGCAGGAGGUUUGCCGGAUGAUAGGGCCAGAUUGGGGAGACGGAUUGUUUUGCCCCGGAGGAUCUUAUGGUAAUGGGACAGCUAUUAACUUGGCCAGGUUUGAACGUUAUCCAGAUGUUAAGAAAAAAGGCUCCAAUCAUAUCCCAAGACAAGCUAUCUUCGCAUCAGAAGAAUGCCACUACUCUGUAUAUAAGUACGCAUCAUUUCUGGGAAUAGGAGAAGAUAACGUUUUUUCUAUCCGAACAAAUGACAUGGGUGAAAUGAUCGUUGAAGAUUUAGAAAAGAAGAUAGAGCAACAAAUAGAAGAAGGAGCAGUUCCUCUAGUAGUAGUAGCUACAUUUGGGACGACGGUAAAAGGUGCCUUCGACCCUAUCAACCAAAUAGCCGACGUCAGCAAGAAGCACAGCAUGUGGCUGCAUAUAGACGCGGCAUGGGGCGGCAGUCUCAUUUUCUCCCAAAAACACCGUUCCAAGCUCAAUGGCAUAGAACGGGCCAACUCCGUAGUCAUUAACGUGCACAAGUUGUUGGCCGUUCCACAGCAGUGCUCGAUGCUGCUGAUCAGAGACAAGGGGAUCCUGCACAAAUGCUUCUCAAGGGGUGCCGAGUAUUUGUUCCAGAAGGAUAAGCAUUACGAUAAGACGUACGACGUGGGGGACAAGUACUUGCAGUGUGGGAGGAAGUGCGACGUCUUCAAGUUUUGGUUUAUGUGGAAAGCCAAGGGGUCCUCCGGUUUUGCAAGUCAUGUCGAUGCCCUAAUGGACCUGGCGGAAUAUUUCGAAGAGCAAGUAAAUAAACGGAACGAAUUCAUGUUGGUCUCCAAAAGGCAGUAUAUAAAUGUUUGCUUCUGGUAUUUGCCGAGGUAUCUCCGGGGGAAAGCGAAUGUUCUGGAGCACAGUGUCGAGCUAAACAAGGUGGCGCCAAAGAUCAGAGCCUUCAUGGUCGAGAACGGUUCUCUAAUGUUGGGUUACCAACCCCUGAAGCAACUCCCUAACUUUUUCAGGUUUGUCGCGCAGAAUUCUUCUUUGACUAGGAAGGACGUUGACUUCGUUUUGGACCACAUAGCUGAGACAGGCGAUGCACUUUUCAAGUAGAAUAGUUGCAGUUUUAUACCUGAUAAUUUAGUUGAAGAUUCAUAGAUGGGUGUGGCAAUAAUGUUUAGGUUAUAAAUUUCGGAUUUUACAGUAUUCGGUAAGACUUGUUUUAAUUAUAAAACCUAAUGAAUUUACAGUUCCAAACAGAAGUUACCGUUAUAUUUCAUGCAAGGGAGACAUUUUGAAUUGUAUAAUUUAAAAUUAGUAGAAUGUGUCAAUUACUAUAGAAAAAUCUGUAUUUUGAAUUUGAAUGAUAUAAAAUAAUAUAGUACUUACCUACA